AUUUAUUUCUCUAAAUUAAACAACCAUUAAUUUGCAUACAGUGUAUAUGUAAUGGCGCCGAGGCCUAGGGCGGCGGCUGCGGCGGCGGAAACCGGCCAACACGAGACGCAUUUUCGAGGCGUGAGGAAGAGGCCUUGGGGUAGGUACGCCGCUGAAAUUAGGGAUCCGGGCAAGAAGAGCCGCGUGUGGCUCGGCACAUUCGACACGGCGGAGGACGCCGCCAGAGCGUACGACAACGCCGCCCGCCGAUUCCGCGGCUCCAAGGCCAAGACGAAUUUUCCUCCGCCGGAUACGGACAUCAACAAACCCAAUUGUUUCUUCACCAAUAUCCACAGCCCCAGCCAGAGCAGCACCGUCGAAUCCUCCAGCAGGGAGACAUUCCCGCCGUCGCCGCCGCCGGCGGCGGUGCUGGAUUCAACCUCUUGGACCUCACUAUCGGCCCCCGACAAAUGAGAUUCCCCUUCCAGCAGAACCGCAUUCUCCGCCCAGACGCCCCUGUUCCCGCCGCAGGCGACGGUCAAUUUGUUAAGAUUCUGCCGCUUCAAUCCACGAUGCUGAACUUCCGUCCAGAAUCCCGGCAGGAAAUAGUAGAGCUAAUGAACGGAAUGCGGCGGCCGCCCGUGGAUAACCACGGCGGCGGCGGCGCGGCGCAGAGCGAAUCCGACUCAUCGUCUGUUGUCGUUGACCUUCCCAGGUCGUCGGCGUUCAGCAAAGGCCUCAAUCUAGAUCUCAACCUUCCUCCGCCGGAAAAUCUUUGAUCUCCGGCGGGAUGAAUUUUCGUUUAAUCGAAUUUAAUAUUUUCGUUAAAACCAGGAAGGAAAAAAAAAAUCAUAGAAAAAAAUCGGUGAUAGAUUUGAAAUGAUCGAUCCGGUUGUUGUUUUCCGACGAGAUUAAGGAUCACCGUUGGUUGUGAAUAGUUGUAGCCGAUCUACCUUUUUGUUCUUUUUUUCGCAACGGCCAAAUGAGAAAUAUAAUUCAUCGGAAUUUAGCGCCGUCGUUUAUUAACUUCCAACUCUGUGUUCUGAAUUAUCAAUGUAAUUUAAUUUUG